AUGGCUUGUCUCUUACCGUUUGUUUUGUUUGCUAUCCUUGUUGUUUCAGCAUUCUCUCCAGCUUAUUAUGUCCACGGUAUAAUAAGCUGCAUUGAGACUGAAAGGAUAGCCCUUCUCAGCAUCAAAGCAGGCAUGUGGAGUAACCACCACCACCACCACAACAACAACAGCAAAAGCUUUCUCUCAUCUUGGACUGGUCAUGACUGCUGCAAUUGGAGGGGAGCGUCCUGCAACCAUGAAACAGGUCAUAUCAUCAAGCUUGAUCUCCAAUACCCUUAUAAUUAUGAUCCCUUUAACAGUGAUCAGAUACUAGCAAGUAAGUUGAACUCUUCUCUCAUUCAGCUUCACCAUUUAAGGCACUUGGAUUUGAGCAUGAUCAACUUUAGUGACUCCCCCAUCCCAGACUUCAUUGGCUCUCUUGCCAACCUUGAGUACCUUAACCUCUCUAAUGCUGAAUUCAGUGGAAUCCUUCCUCAUACCUUUGGAAACUUAUCAUGCUUGCGAUAUCUUGAUCUUAGUUUCAAUGAUUUUCUACAAGCUAAUGACCUCCACUGGCUCUCUGGAAUGACUUUUUUGCAUUACCUUGACUUGAGUGGGGUGGACCUUUCUAACGUUCAUGGUUGGCUUCAUAGCAUUAAUAUGCUCUCUUCUCUUCUUGUCUUGAAACUCUCUUAUGCUGGCCUCCAAACUGGUGGUAUUCAUGAUACUACUCUGCUUCAUCAUCAUCUCAACUUCACAUCUCUUCUUGUGCUUGAUCUUUCUUGGAAUUAUUUCUUCAACAUCACUCUGCUUCAGUGGUUGUUCAAUCUCAAUAGCCUUGUUCAUCUUGAUCUUUCAAAUUGUGCUCUGCAUGGCAAGUUGCCAGUAACCAUUGGUAACUUGAGUAGUUUGAGAGUCUUGAGCUUGAGUAAAAACCAGUUUGAUGGAAUGACUCCAGAGUCCUUGGGAAAUCUUGGUAGCUUGGAGAAACUUGAUUUGUCACUAAAUGAAUUCAAUGGAAGCAUUCCUGAAUCUCUGAGCAAUCUUACAAAUUUAGUGUACUUUGAUUUGUUCUAUAGCCAAGUUCAGGGAUUAAUGCCUGCAAGCAUUGGGGAUCCAAGAAACCUGCAAUACUUGGAUUUGUCAUGGAAUAUGAUCAGUGGACCAAUUCCUGAGUCCUUUGGCAAUCUCACACUUUUGCAGCAUUUGGAUUUAUCACUGAAUAUGUUCACUGGAGCGAUUCCCGAGUCCUUUGGUAAUCUCACACUUUUGCAGCAUUUGGGUUUAUCAGUGAAUAUGUUCACUGGAGCGAUUCCAGAGUCCUUUGGUAAUCUCACACUUUUGCAGCAUUUGGAAUUGUCAUCGAAUAUGUUCAUUGGAGUUAUUCCCGAGUCCUUUGGUUAUCUCACACUUUUGCAGUAUUUGGAUUUAUCACAGAAUAUGAUCAGUGGAGCCAUUCCUGAAUCCUUUGGCAAUCUCACUCUAUUGCAGCAUUUUGGUGGGGAUGGUAACAAUAUCAGUGGCAAAUUGCCUGAAACUAUAGGGAAUCUUGUUCAUCUUCAGUUUCUGACGUUGUUUCAAAAUAUGAUUGUAGGGGAACUGCCAGGGAGCAUUGGAAAACUCACAAGCUUGACGGUGCUUUAUCUAUCAAUGAACAACAUUAGUGGAAUAUUGCCAAAAUCCAUGGGGAACUUAUGCAAGUUACAGCGGUUAGAUUUAAGUAGCAAUUUAAUCAAAGGAGAAAUUGAUGAUAUAGUGAACGGCUUGUCUAAUUGCCCUGAGAACUACAUAAGAAAUAGUUUUGUUUCAGAGGACACGGAUCAUGGUAUGAGCUACUUAAAUUUGGCGAACAACAGAUUUAAUGGAAGGGUCCCAGAGAGCAUAGGUAGGCUAGCUAAUCUGGGAACCUUACUGCUCCAGGAAAAUUCAUUUGUUGGCACUUUAGCUGAACACCAUUUUGCAAAUCUAACAGACUUGCAGUGGAUGGAUUUCUCCUAUAAUUUGCUGCAGCUUAAUGUGACCAACGAUUGGGUGCCUCCUUUUAUGCUGAUACUAUCAUGA